GUUUUGAGCGUGAAGUAACUGGGCUUGGAAAUUGUAAACUACCUAAUGUUAUUGGUGUGAUGGAUGGGUCACAUAUACCUAUUCAUGCAUCUUCUAAGAAUGGUGCACGCAAUGUAAAUUGUAAAAGUUUUCAUUCCAUUAAUCUUCUUGGAAUUGUUGAUCAUCAGGAGCGUUUUAUUUAUAUACAUGCCGAAGAAGCAGGAAGUGUAUAUGAUGCUCGAGUAUUUUCUCGCUCAUCUCUUUAUCAUGAAAUUUCUCUACAUCCUGAACAAUGGGUUCCAG